AUGCAGUUUAAACUGCCAGUUCAGAUAAGGGUACGCAGCAAAGCUGACAUGCGUGCUGUACAGUGCGUUUCUCGUGUUCGCAAGCCACUUCCUCUCUCAUUUUCAAGUAAACAUAAAACCCUUUCUGCUGCUGCUUCUUUGAAUUCCAUCUACGUCCAUAUUGUAUGUAAUCUCAACAAAAACCCAGUUUGGGUUAUUGUUUCUGAUAGAAACCCGAAUUACAUUACUUGGCAUUCAAAUAACAAAACCAAGGGUUUGAAGUCUAAAAUUCAACAAGUUCUUGUUGCAGCAAAGUCAACCAACACCUUAAGACCUUACUCUAUUAUCCUUUUCUUUUCAAAUGGACUCACCAUUUUUAACCAUCAGAAACUUAAGGAUGAAUUUGGUUCCUCCAAGCUAGCUCUGGAAUUCUUUGACUCUGAUUUUGAUUUUGCCGAGGAAACUGAAGGUGAAUGGGUUCAUGUAAUUCUAGGGUUGUAUAAUGAGGCAUGUGUACUUGAAAUUAAGGUUGAUCAUGUUGUGAAUAAUGUCAUAAGUUCUGAGCAUGAGGUGAAAGACUCAUUUCUAAAAGUAUUUCCUCCUAAGCAUCAAGGAGAGAACGUGAAUCCUAACUUAGGCUCUAGCACUUCUUUUUAUGCUCUUCUUUCACAAAUGAAAAAGGUGGAAUCUACUAAGAUGGAGGAUUUUUCAAAUGACGAUGAUUUUAUCAACUUUGAUACAACAGUUUUAAUAGCUAUUGUAUCAAGAAUUAGCAAUGGUUGUGUAGAGGAAAUUUUGAAUAAACCAGAGUUUGAACUGCGACAUCGAUUCAAGGGAAAUUAUGAUUUUGUGAUUGCCUAG